AUGCGUCUUCUCGCCCUCUUCUCCCUUGCGCUGGUGUUUAUCAUGGCCCAUCUCACCAUGGCCAACCCCGCUCCCGCCCCAAUCCCGAUUCCCGCCCCUGAUCCCGCCCCUGUGUCUGCGCUGGACCUCGACAAUCCUCUCGUCAAGCGCGCCUGCGUUGUUAAUGGCUGCAAGUGCAGGGCCGGGGUAAAAAAUGGCCAGUACUGUUGGGGCUGCAACGCGCACUCGGAUGCAGGCAAUUGGUUCCCCGGAUCAGGCGACUACAAGAGCUGGGUGUUUCAAUGUGGUGACCGAGGCGAGUGCUGUGUAGUUAACUCGCUGGCGAGCUGUACCUAUGCAACGCCCAGUCCGUGUGGUCCGGCAUAG